AUGCUGAAGAAGAGAAGUGUUACUGCUAAAGAAACAGGGCUUAAAUAUGCUCUUCUUGCCCUGCUUGCGUCCGUCGUACUCCCCACAACGCACACACCUCAGAUUUCACACGAACAUGCAGAGAAGAUUAAAGAUUUGGAGGGGUUUUUAGCAUUCCCAUGGGGGCGGCUAUCCUUUGAUUUGCUUAUGAGCAGUAUCAAAGAGAGGAACGAAGUUUCUUUGUCCCAGAAUACAAUUGCACUUAAGGGGUUUGUGCUAGCUUUGCAGCUUGUAAUGAUAGAAGCUGUACCUGCGCUUAUGGAAGCUGUUCAUGAAGGAGGGUCGUCCGGGUCUGAAGGCGAAUCUGCAGAUGACGAAGACGUUCCUGAUGAAGAAAGAAAAGGGAAGCGAAGUAUUAGUCCAGGGCAUGCUCGUGAGACUGACUGUGCUGGGAAGGUACGUGUACUUUCAAUCAUUUCUGUGGCCAGCGACGACUGUAAUGGUCAGUCUGAGUUUGGAUGGUCUGGCGAUGAAGAAGAUGUUCGUGUACAAAAUCUACAAAACUUAAUCGAAGAAGGUUUUCGAUUCACACAUACGUCUUUUACCGGGGGAGUUUCCAAAGCAGAUGUAGCAAUAAUGCGAGAAGAAACGAGGAGUGAAGCUGAGGUGCGGAAAAUAACAAAACAGAAAUCUAACCAAAGGAGUAGCGAUGUGGUGGAUGUGGAAUACAUUGCUAGCACUGUAAAGGCUAGUGUAUCAGUAGAACUUAAUCAUAUUGAUACACAAAUGAAGAUAUUUGCAGACUCCUUCAGCAAGUUCGAAACGAAUAUUGUUCCUAAUAUUCAAGAUAUGUUGAACCAGUUUCGGGAUGAGAUAGUUCGAAUGCUAUCUAAUCAACCCAUUGUAUCUCCCGGCACGAGCAGGCAAAACGUCCCAGAGACUGUACCUGUUACCUGUUGGAAUAACGGCAAUUUGGGAGCACCAAGCACAUCCCGUGGUUGUUCAGGCAACAACGAAGGUCAUACGGGUGUUGGCAUGGACUCACCAAUUCUACCAACGGAAGUUCGUAUUAGUAGGGAGGAAGUUUCAAAUUCUAAAGAUUCAUGUGUCGUUGGUCAACCCCCAGCACGGACCCAUGGAGAGGUUGAUGCCUCACAUAUUAUAACGAACGCAAUGAUUUUCGCGGAGAAUGGCGGAAAUCUUAUUCCCAACGUUGAGAGUAGUGGGACUAAGCAAGCACAACAGAAGGGUGCAAGUGUGGACCUGGUUACUGUUGCUGAAAGCUCUAACUCCCCCAAGGGGUCAGCAACCCCUAACGAAUUGAUUGUCGACCCAGGGCUUGUGUUUCCGAAACCCACCUUUUCUUUAGGCCUAACUCAGGAACAACCAAAGAAGGGAAAUACAAGUUCUGUUGUUAUAAACGAGGAAUCCCGUGGCAUAGUGGUUAAUGAAGAUUGCAUUGGUGUUCAAGCCCCCAAUCCGGAGGCCCCAUGUCACCCUUGCAGGAAAAGCAAGCGGCAGAAGGUUGUUCCAAAAGCGUUAGUCGGUGACUACAAAUGUGAAAAAACAUUUCUAAGUAGGGCUUGGGAGGCUCAUGUUGCGUCAAAGAGCAGUGACGAUUCCAUUGAACUUGCAGCAAAAUUCAGUCAACUAAUUGAGAUGCUUAAAUCUCCAUUGUGA